AUGGAUGCCAAAGCUCGACAAGAUUGCAUCAAAGAGAUAGAUCUCCUGAAGCAACUGAACCAUCCAAACGUGAUCAAGUACCACGCUUCGUUCAUCGAGGACAACGAACUCAACAUCGUUUUGGAGUUAGCCGACGCUGGAGACUUGUCACGGAUGAUCAAGCACUUUAAGAAGCAGCGGCGGCUGAUCCCAGAGAGAACCGUGUGGAAGUACUUUGUGCAGCUGUGCAGCGCUUUGGAACAUAUGCACUCCAGGAGGGUCAUGCACCGAGACAUCAAACCAGCGAACGUCUUCAUCACAGCCACAGGAGUCGUCAAACUGGGAGACCUGGGUCUGGGCCGAUUCUUCAGCUCCAAGACCACGGCCGCUCACUCCCUCGCGGUGUGUUCCAGACCCGGGCCGGUCCGCACUUCCUCUGUCCACGACCUCUGA